AAAAGAAGUUUGAGUGUAUUAACUGUUUGCUGGAAAAGGGUGCGAACAUAAAUGCAAGGUGUGUGGAUGGCAUUCCAGUUGUGUGGCAUUUGCUUGUCAGCUCUAAUAUUUGGGAGGAACAAAACAGGCACAUCUUGGAAAACAGCAACUUUAAUUUUAAUAACUUUAAUACCGAAGAAAUUCAGCAGUUAAUAAACACUGCAGUGCUCAAGCAGAAGUUUAAGAGCAUCGAACAUUUACUUCAAUAUACACUGAUUGAUGGGAAAAUGCAGCUAGAUUUAUUCUAUACUAUACUAGAUCUGUGUUAUAGGACAAAGAACGAAAAGCUUUUCAAUUUUAUUUCGGAGAAAAAACCAAACAAUCACGCAGCGCUUUCGAGACUAUUGAAAACACAAACAACUUUGUUUAUUAAGGAAGAUUCCAUUUUUUCCUUCGAUAAGCUUGUUGAUGAAUUUCUCGAUAGUAUCGAAGAACUAUACGACAAGUCGGAACGGCAUUGUACAGGUCGAACGGCAUUGUUCUAUGCGAUAAUACGUAGAAAUGAGCUAGCGCAACAACAAUUAUUAGCAAAAGGAGCUUAUCUGGGCGCUAGAGAUUUCCGGGGACAAAGUCCUAUUUGUAACGUAAAUCUUGAACUAUUAGAAAAACAUUUGGAUUCGUGUGUGAAAGCUAAUGAAUUGAAUGAUGACGGCGAAGAAUCAGUGUUCACAAUUGAUUUGUCGAAUUUCUUUCCAAAAGAGAAUGAUCAAAUGUAUCAGGCAGAAAGCAAACUAUAUCCAUUAGUGCAGUUAGCUGAUAGAUUAACCAGUAACAAUAUUCUUAAUCAUCCAGUCGUAGCCAGCAUUGUAACGUUGAAAAGAUACGAUCUUCGCCUUUUUAUAAUUCUUUACUUUGUCUACCAUUUCAUGCAUUUAGUCGGCUUAAUGAUAACACUUGGUAACGAUAGUGAACCAGUAAUCGGUUUCAUUUCAGUUAUAUAUUACUUACUGGUACGUUUUAUCAUUUGCUUUUCGAUCGAAAUGAAAAUAUCAAAUGUCCAUUGGGCUAAAAUUUUCUUGCAAGUUGCAAUGAUUAUACAAUUGUUUUUCAUUCUUAUUUUUGUUCUUGUAAAAUUCUUGCCAGAGGAUGCCAAAGUUGUGCAUCGAGUAAUUCCGGCUAUUGGAUUGCUACUGAUAGCCAUCGAGUUUACUUUAGUUUUAGUCAAGUUCCCUUGGCUCUCUUGUGCAAGUAACAUUAUUAUGAUAACGACGGUUUUAGUGAGCUAUUGUAAAAGUUUACUACCCUUUUCGCCUUUGCUGACGGGAUUCGCGCUCGUCUUUCACAAAUUGUUCAAAACUGAUCUAUCAGACAAAACAGAUGAUCAACUAAACCCAUUCGAAACGUGUCAAGCUGCUAUUCUUAAAACGAUCGUAAUGACAACUGGCGAAUUCGACACAUCAAACAUUAAACCACAAGAGUCCUGGGAAAAGUACAUAUUUUUUCUCUUCUUCCUUUUGUUUGUAUACACCCCUUUUAGUAAUUUUAUAAGUGGUUUAGCAGUCGACGAUACAACGAAAUUGAGGGCAGAUGCCGAUAUAAUUACAUUCCAAAAAGAAAUAAGCCUAUUGUACCGGCUCGAAAGCAUUAACUUAUGGUAAGUACAAAUGUUGAUAAGUAAAUAUAAUAUGUAAUCUACUUUCCAGUUUAUGUGUAUUGUUAAGGAAAAGGGCACUAUGGUUUAAUGUGACACGGUGUCUGAGAAAAGAAACCCCUAAAAAAUGCGCUCUAUCAACUCAA